CACUCCACACCACCCCGCAAAUCAUGCCUUGAUGAAACACUUUACUUCAACACCAAACCCCUUUCACUCUACAUAACCCUACUCUUCCUUAACUCACUCACUUCACACUUCCAUGGCAACACCUAUCACUCAUUUGCUUUCUUUUUUCUUGUUGUUCAGCAUCUUCCACUGCACAUUAUCUCUUCUGGACCCACAAGAUGAUGUUGGGUUUCUAGUUGAACCUGAUGAUGUUAACAUCGUCCAAAACAAUAGAAAUUCUAGCAAAAGAUGUGACUUUUCUGUUGGAAAAUGGGUUUAUGAUGAAUCUUACCCUCUUUAUGAUCCUAACUGCCCUUAUCUUAGUACUGCAGUUACUUGUCAGAAGAAUGGGAGGCCAGAUUCCGAUUAUGAGAAGUGGAAGUGGAAGCCAAGUGGUUGCUCCAUCCCAAGGUUUGAUGCACUGAAGUUUCUUGGAAAAAUGAGAAGGAAGAGAAUAAUGUUGGUGGGUGAUUCAAUAAUGAGAAAUCAGUGGGAAUCUUUAGUAUGCUUAGUACAAGGUGUAAUUCCAACUGGUAGAAAAAGGGUGACCUACCAUGGACCUGCAAUGGCCUUCCAUUCAAUGGAUUUUGAGACAUCAAUUGAGUUUCUUUGGGCACCACUGUUAGUGGAACUGAAGAAAAGUCCAGAAAACAAGAGAGUCUUACAUUUGGAUUUGAUUGAGGAGAAUGCGAAGUAUUGGAGAGGAGUUGAUAUCCUUGUAUUUGAUUCAGCUCAGUGGUGGACUCACUCCGAUAAAACAAGCUCGUGGGAUUACUACAAGGAGGGAAGUAAUCUGAUAAAAAACAUGAGUCUUAUGGUUGCUUAUCAAAAAGGACUGAGUACAUGGGCAAGGUGGGUGGAUCUAAAUCUAAACCCUCAAAAAACCAAAGUCAUUUUCAGAAGCAUGUCACCUAGGCAUAACAGGGAAAAUGGUUGGAAAUGCGACAAUCAGAAACAGCCUCUACCAUUUUUCAGCCUUCAACAACAUGCUCCUGAACCGUUGGUUGUUCUCCAAGGAGUGCUGAAGAAAAUGAGGUUUCCGGUAUACCUGCAAGAUAUUACGACAAUGACUGCCUUACGCAGAGAUGGACAUCCUUCAGUGUAUAGGAAGGCAACCAGCCAAGAUGAGAAACAAAGAAUGGGCCAUUCCUCUGAUUGCAGUCAUUGGUGCCUCCCUGGUGUGCCUGAUAUUUGGAAUGAGAUGUUGAGUGCGCUGCUUUGACCGUAAAUGUAAUAGAAUUUAAUAUCGUAAUUAGGUCCUGAACUAAUAUACUUUUUGUAAUUAGGUCCUCUUAGUCAACUGUUAGUUAACAUGUAAUGGAAGGACCUAAAGUUGGCAGCAUUGUAACCAUAUAGGAUAAGUAUGAUUUUGUUUUCAACCAUCAACUUUCUUGCGUAAAGAUGAACGUGAAAUCAACAUGGAAGAUUUCAUUAGAAAAAGUUGGUGGAGGUGUCAAAGCCGCUGCAGUCUGGUUUUUGUAUCUUGGAUUCUGCAACUUGGUUGGCGUUCUGCUGUGGUGGUGGUGUGGUUUUGUUUCUGCAGAAAGUUGUGCUAGUUUUGGUUCAAUUCCUCCUUUGUUUGGUGGAAUUCUUCUGUGUAGGAGGAGGGGCUUUGGUGUGUGGUUUUCUGUUUUCCAUGUGAGUCUAUUAUCAGUUUAGCAAGUUGCAUCAUAUAUUGUCUUAAAAAGGA